AUGAAGAUUUUAGCUUCCACUGGAGGCCUACACACUGCCAUUGCUGCUGCUUCCAUGUCUCUAGUGAUCCCAGAGAAGUUCCAGCACAUUUUGCAAGUACUCAACACUAACAUUGAUGGGCGGCAGAAAAUAGCCUUUGCCAUCACUGCCAUUAAGGGUGUAGGGCGAAGAUGUGUUCAUGUGGUGUUGAGGGAAGGAGACACUGACCUCACCAAGAGGUAUGUGAAGGAUGGGAAAUACAGUCAGGUUCUGGCCAAUGGCCUGGACAAUAAGCUCCGUGAAGACCUGGAGCAACUGAAGAAGAUCCUCGCCCACAGAGGGCUGCGUCACUUUUGGGGCCUUCGAGUUCGAGGCCAGCACACCAAGACCACUGGCCGUCGGGGCCGUACUGUGGGUGUGUCCAAGAAGAAAUAA